CACACAGAAUCGUAUGUUCAUUUUUACAAUCAAGUAAUUAGAGCUAAAAAUGAAUACAACCGAUCUUUAUGCAGUCUUUGUUGUGACAAAGGACCUUCACAUGAUGGCAGGAACAAGUCUGUGUUUGUCGCCAGUUUCCCCUCAGAGGCAAGAUGAUAGAUAUUAAGCAGCACUGCCAAUAAAAGGGGUUGUGGGGGCACAGUUUAGCCGUUUCAUUGAACAGAAAUGUCUGUUAACAAUCAACUCUGUUGUUUUACAUUCUGUGCGCGGCAAAACAUGCCGUGCAAACGCGGCUCUGAUUCAUGAAGUCAUGGUUGUCUGCUGUGCUCUGUAAGAUGAAUCAUAGGCCCUGAAGCCACUCAAGACUUCCUUGUGAUUAUGAAGACGGAGCAUAUCAAACGACCAACAAGUGGUCUUUUUUUCAGUGGGUGGAUAUGGAGUAGGAAAGCUAGCUAGCUAAUUUAAUGAGCAACACUUACAUAAUUUUGUACAAAGUUUUCCAUUGUAAUCAGUGAGCAUGUUUUUUUUACCCGAAUUUCCUUGGGAAAGGUUUUGUCCUUGAACAACUUAACGAAGACCACAUUUUACUGUCUGCUCUUGGGAAAUUAAUAGGAAAUUGUAGAACAUGGGGCACGGUUCAAGGAUAUUUAUGAUAUAUAGUACAUUGUUUUGUCAAGUGAAAAGGAAUGUUUUCUAAGUCACACAACAGAAGUUCCAAAUUCACUUUACAGGGCCUUUUUAAUCCUAAUCGUCAUAUGUAAUUAGCAGCUAGCCUUAGCGCUAACAACAUGUCGGUCUAUGUUGUUGAUCACAAACGUGUGCGGCGUCGCACCAUCCCCCUGUCUGCAUAUGUGCUGAAUAAUGGCACAUGGCCGUGGGAGGUCAGCAAAAAUCAUUCAACCUGUACUGUAUUAUUCCUCUUUGGCCAAUAGAAACACGAGGGGGGUGGGGCAUAGCUCCUGUUGCUGUGGAAUUAAUUAUGAAAGAGCAACUUUCUGGAUCGAAUGGAUUGCCCCAUCAGCAUCACAUCCUCAGUGUGGGACCCCACGGAAAGGACCUCCAGGCUGUGAUGACAGGCCAGCAGAAGCUUGUGCCACUGUGGCUCUUGUUGUUGCUCGUAGUAGCCCUGUGUCCAGGUGCGCAGUACACAUACAGCAAGCGUGGCGAUGCUACACAUAAUAGCGGAAAGAGCAACAAGGUACCUGCUUCUAAGGGUCACGGCCUCCCCAAGCCCGGCCUCAAGAGGGCGGGGGCAGGGGCGGCGGCGGCCGGCAUGCUGGGGGGCACGGGCACCGGAUACGGGCUGGGCUUCCUCGGGAGGCCCAAGUACGGUUCCAGGGGGCACGCCGGCCAAAAGACGGAAUCCAGCGGGCGCUACGACGGCCAUGGCCAAACGUUUCGCAAUCAGUCGAGUUGGAGGGCUUUUCUGAAGGCGGCGGCGCCUGCGCACUUGAGUAACUCCUUACUUUUGCUGGGACAUGCGCUCACCUUCCUCACAGGGCUUUGCAUGGGUGCACUUUGACUCGUGGAAAUAGAAUAAAUGUUUGCAAAUGAUAUUCCCUUUCGAUUCACGUUGUACACUUAUUUAAGAACACUGAAUCCCGUGAGGCCCAUACUUGACGUUUGUCGUUUCAUGGAACACCACCAAACCAAACUGCCAUAAAAAGUGUAAACAAUGAUGACGAUUGCAUCUAAAUUUACUCGCAAAUUAAUUUCGUCUGUCACGGUCUGUUUAGUUGAACACAAAGCGCUUCUUCUGUUUGUCUGUAUGGGUCACAAAAGGUGGUUAAACAAGAUCUGCCAGAACCUCCCCCUCCCACUCCCCUAAAGUUUUUAAUUACCUGUUAUUAAUAGUUUGAAUAUAGAGUAGUGUAACCAUGAUCUCAAAUCUAUUAAAUGUCACGAGAUAAUUCCCGCAAGUAAAUCGGCUUUUACUGUUCAAUAAAUCAGGUCGAGAGUUUGCAUUAAGCACAUCGGUGAGUAAAUUAAGAUUAUGAUUGUAGUGAAAUGCUUUUUGUGAUAUUUCUGAUUUUAUUGGUGUGUCUGGAUAUUUUUUUUUUUGCCACUGGAUGACUUAACGUCACUCUAUGACUCAUCCAAAUUUGGUGGUGACCACACACACAAAGAUUUGAAAUCAUACAUUUUGAACACGUUUUACACAAUUGUCGGCACCACAACUGUCGAACCCUGUGUGAUUAAUUUAGCAUCAUGGCUCACUUUUAAGAACCCGAUCAUUCUUAAAAUGUUUGAGAAAGUAGUCAUAAGGCAGAUAAGUGAGUCAGAAAGAGGGAUUUUGGACACAGAAUUUAUUUGAAUACAUACACAUUGAUGGCAAAUUAUAGUACCGUACAUCAAAGUGGUAGGACCUAUCAGCUGCUGGCAAAAAAAAAAAAAAAAAGUUGAGGCAAUCGAAUUGAAUGACGUCGUUUCACAAUGUCACAAUUGCAAAGGAGAAGUGCACUUGUUUUCCAUACGGGAAAGACAAACUUGUUGGGGGAGGUCAAACCUUCAUUUAAUUUCUAUUUUGAAUCACCGAAACUGAAUGAUUUGUGAAUUCAUACAAGCUAAAAAGACAUAAACAAAACUCACUUCACAAGUUACCUAAGAAUAAAUCAUUACUGGAAAAAAAAA